AUGGAAGAGGGACUGCCAGAAGGUGUUACAGAUGCAAAUCAGUGGUACACCUUGGUAGCUAGCUGGUUUUCCGAGGAAAACAAGAAAAGAAGUGCAGUCAACCGUGCUAAUGCAAAGAAGAAGAAUGUUUUUCACACAGGAGGAAGGAAGAGCAUUGCAAGGACGAGAAAGCAACUGAAGGAAAAAUUAGGCAGAACUCCUACUAGGCUUGAAGUUUUCGAAGCUAACCAUAAGAGAAAGGAUGGGACAUACAUCAAUGAUCAUGCUAAGGAGUUCAUGGAUAAAGCAAAUGAAAUGGAGGGACCUAGUGAGGAGGUUUUCCAAAAGCUAGCAGGUCCAGAGCAUCCUGGGAGGCUUCGAUGCAUGGGGUUAGGGCCAACUCAGAGCGCAUAUUUUGGAGUUUACUCGCGUGGGGCUGCAUCAGGACCAAGCUCAUGUUCAUGUAGUCAUUCGAGUGAAGAUGUACCAACUUUGAAAGGAGAGUUAAGUGAGGUGAAGAAAAAAAUGGAGGUCAUGGCAAGAUUCAUCAGUAAGCAAUUUCCUAGGCAAAAUUGGAUGGAAGAUGCCGAAAACAAUUCGGGUGCCAGUAUUGCCCCAUCUUUGGGUUCUCGAGCUUCUUGA